CAAGGCGGGAUAGGGAAAGAAUCCCGUCCUUAAGUUAGAGUAGUCCAUGGGCUUACGCGCCAAAAUCUAUCACAACAGAAAAACAAGAAAUGGAGCAACAAGGACAGCGUCUAAUAACAUCUUUUUUUUCGAAACCACGUUUAACAUCUUCUGCAGAAGUCGUUAAAGGAAAAGAAAAGAGCGAAGAAGUGCGAUGCACUGAUGAAGCAUCUGUGUUGCCGGGGAUUAAAAGUUCUGCCAGUGACAGUCCAGCCAAAACAGCCAACAAAAAAGUAAAAGCACUUGAAAGUGAUGAUGAAGCUCCUGUUUCUCGAAAAAAUAAGAGGAGAAAAUGUGCUGUAAGCAGCAGUGAUGAAUCAGAACCAGAAAUAAGGACUAUAAGAAAAAAAAUGACACCAAAACUUAAAUCACCAAACCAAUUAUCAGGAUCUACUAAUGACAAUAGUACUACAUCUUUUAAGAAAAAGGAGGACUCUAAGUUAAAUAAGAAAAGUGUUCUACUAGUAGGCACAGAAGAUACAAGUGAUUCAAAGGAUGAAAUCAAGUUAGGGAACCACGAGUACUAUAAUCCUGGCAAGAACAGUUAUCAUCCUCUAAAAGAUUCAACAUGGAAAAUGGGUGAAAACGUACCAUACAUGGCCUUAGCUAAAACACUGGAACUUAUUGAAGAAACUAGCUCCAGGUUGAAAAUGAUUGAAAUUUUGGCAAACUACUUCAGAAGUGUUUUUCUUUUGUCACCAAAUGAUUUGUUGUGCUCUGUUUAUUUAUGUUUAAAUCAAUUAGCACCUGCAUAUAUUGGCUUGGAGCUUGGAGUAGGUGAAGGUAUAAUCAUUAAAGCUAUUGCACAAGCUACAGGAAGAACAGCAGACAAAGUUAAAGCUGAUGUAUCAGCUAAAGGAGAUGUGGGUUUAGUAGCAGAGGCAUCAAAAAGCACGCAAAGAACUCUUUCAAUGUUCAGGCCAGCUAUUUUAACAGUGAAUAGCGUAUUCACUAAACUGACCGAAGUAGCUGUGAUGACAGGAAAUAGUUCCCAGACGAAGAAAGUAGAUAAGAUUCAUGGGUUACUCGUUGCUGCAAAGCAAUUAGAAGCCCGUUUCAUAGCACGAUCGCUGGCUGGCAAGCUACGAAUUGGGUUGGCUGAACAGUCUCUUCUUCAAGCUUUAGCUUUUGCAGCUUCCGCAACUCCCCCAAAUCAGCCUUCACCGCCUACCCAACUGAACUGUUUUCAGGGGCUUAGCACUGAAGCCAUUAAAGCCAAAGUAGAAACUGCAGCAGUCAUUUUAAAGACAGCAUAUUGCCAAUGCCCUAGCUACGAUCGAAUCAUACCGGUUCUUUUACGGGAAGGCAUAGCAGCGCUCCCACUGCAUUGUACCCUAACUCCAGGAGUUCCAUUAAAACCCAUGUUGGCGUGUCCUACAAGAGGUGUCGGGGAAGUACUACAGAAGUUUGAAUCUACCAAGUUCACCUGUGAGUGGAAAUAUGAUGGUGAAAGAGCGCAGAUACACCUCCUCGAGAAUGGUGAAGUCAGAAUUUACAGCAGGAACCAAGAAAAUAACACCUCAAAAUACCCCGACAUAAUCAGUCGCUUUCAGUCUUGGAUUGCUCCGUCAGCUUCCGUUCGAUCUGCCAUUAUUGAUUCUGAAGCUGUAGCUUGGGAUACAGAGAAGAAAACAAUCCUUCCGUUUCAAAUUCUUUCAACGAGAAAACGAAAAGAUGCUGUAGAAGCAGACAUUAAAGUUCAAGUUUGCGUAUUCGCAUUUGAUUUGUUGUUCAUCAACGGAGAGUCCCUUGUCGAAAUGCCGCUAAUAGAACGUCGACAAAAGCUUUGGAAUUCUUUUCAUAGAGUUGGUGGUCAGUUUGAUUUUGCAACUAGCAGAGAUCCUCAAUCAAUUGAGGAAAUCGAAGAAUUCUUGGACGAAUCGUUGAAAGGCAAUUGUGAAGGGCUGAUGGUUAAAGGUUUGGUUAAGGACGCGACAUAUGAGAUAGCCAAGAGAUCAAAAAAUUGGUUAAAACUAAAGAAAGACUACUUGGAAGGAGUUGGUGAUACUAUCGAUGCUGUCGUAAUUGGAGGAUAUUUAGGCAGAGGCAAACGAACUGGUCUUUACGGAGGCUUUUUACUGGCAUGCUACGAUGAAAAUAAUGAAGAUUACCAGUCACUUUGUAAAAUUGGUACAGGAUUUAGUGAUGAAGAUUUUCAGACCCACAGUGAUUUUCUUAAAAACCACAUAAUUCAAAAGCCAAAACCCUACUACCGGUUUGACCAAACGUUAUCACCCGAUCAUUGGUUUGAACCCGUUCAAGUGUGGGAAAUUAAAUGCGCUGACUUGUCCAUUUCGCCAGUACAUAGAGCCGCAGUCGGAAUAAUUGAUCCUGUUAAAGGAAUUUCUUUGAGAUUUCCUCGUUUUAUAAGAAUACGACCGGACAAGAAUCCGGAGAAUGCUACAUCAGCCGAACAGAUUGCCGAUCUUUACAAGAGCCAGGACCAGAUAAAAAAUCGGAAAAUAGAGGAGGAGGAAGAGGGCUUUUAUUGAAUCCGGAAAUUCCGACGAAAACCCUUUUCGACUAUGGUAACAUACUGUGGUGAUAUUUCUUUCUAUUGAUUUUUGUGUAAAUCAAUUAUCAUUUGAAAUAAAUUACCGUAAUUAUCAA